AUGGCUAAGAAUCCAGAGCUGUAUUGUGCAGAUUAUAAUGUGAUGGAGCCAAUUAAAUGCUUGCGCCAUCAGUCUCUAAUGCUAAGACGAGAGUACUUGGGGGAGGAGUGGAACCCUGACAGGGAUGCAGGGGGAGCACGGUGGAGCUCCCUGAAGACUCAUGAUAUCUCCAAGAAGAGGCACAAUCUACUUCUUGAUAUUCUUGGCAUCCUCAAAGCUGACUGCAGGGGAGGCUUUGAGGGUCACCUGUAUCCGGGGUUGUCUUUCUUCUUCUACGGACUUUAUCAUGCACAACUCGUGUUCAGGGCCUCGUUAUGCAGCUACCCAGUCCAGCACCUGCCGUGCCGUCCCCGGAGCCAAGGAAGAUGGGCCAGGCUGCAGCAAAUAUACUACAUUGGGUUGGUGAAGAUACUGAGUGCCUGCCUUUUAGUCGCCCAAGAGAUGCACAACAUUCAGGGACAGUUCGUACUUAUUAGCAAGAUAUAUCAUCAGAGAAACUUUUUAUACCACAAACAGUGGCAGCAUCUCACUCUCUACGUGAGCGUCUUCCUGAGUGGGUGUGUAGAUGUGGUGAGCCAGAACCUGCUGCCCCAGAGGUGCACUGCUCUGGAGCAUGGUGCCCAAGCCCUGGGCACAUUCCUGUUUCUGCCUCUGAUGGUGUCUCACAUGCAGGAUUCAGAAGGAGUGGAACUGCAGUGUCACAUCCUGCUCACCCAGGCCGUCUUCCUGCUGACACUGGCGAUCACCGCAGAGGUGUGGGCUCCCAACAUGCCGCAGCUCGGGGUGAUGAAGGCCUUUUUUUAUAUGAUUACGGGCUCUUGGCUGAUACAGAUAGGAUUUAUACUGCACAGACCAAUCUCGGGCUAUGAAUGGAUGGACGAUGACAAAAAUAACAUUAUAUUUGUCACCACUUUCUUCUGCUGGCAUGUGACUUCCAUUGCCAUUUUGAUGAUAUGGAUCUAUGGCUUCUUCUUUUUAUGGUAUCGUUACAUUGCUUGA